CAAAUACAACAGGUCAAAAUCAAGCGCGUCGAUUAUCAAGCCUUGUAAAGGAAAUUAUAAAUCUCAAGGACAUUAUAAUGGCAAGUGAGGCAGGCGAUGAAAACUAUGUGAGCCCCCUGGAUGAGGCGAGUCAACAGAAAUGUCGGAACGAGUUGAACGAACGUAGUCCCGCCGAUACGUUGAUAGCGGUCCAGACGCUUAGGCAGUGGGUAAAAGAACAGGACUGGUUGAAAACUCCAACAGGCUAUGCAUUUUUGUUACGGUUUCUGCGUUUUCGGAAGUUCAGUCAACUUGAGGCUCGAAAAGCCCUGGAAAAGUUUUGGACAGUACGGACGGGGCGUCCCGAGUGGUUCACGGGCGGUGAUCCUGCAGAUCCCGUGCUGAACAAGGUCCUUAAAAUGGGAUUGAUCUGCAGUCCAAGACGGAGGGACAAGCAUGGACGCCGGGUUAUAUUUUCCAGACUCGCCGGAAUGGAUAUGGAGUACUUGAAACAGAUUGGCAUGAGUAAGGUGUACCAAGUUGUCACUCUCGUCUACGAUUGGUUGGUUUGGGAUGAGCACGUGCAAAUCGAGGGCGUUGUCACGGUGGUUGAUUACGAUGGGCUUACGAUGCAACUCGUGACCACUUUCUCAAAUAGAGAAUUUAAAAAAGAAUACAUGGAGUACUUUCAGAAAGCUCUUCCAAUUAGGUUGAAAUCGAUGAAUGCUUUCCACGAGCCGCCGUUUUUCGAUGCAGUAUGGGCGAUAUCGUCAGCGUUUAUGUCUCAGAAGCUGAAAGACAGGUUCCAUCUACACGGUAAGAGCCUUGUUAAAAUAUUCGAGGAGGUUGGCUACGAAUGCAUGCCAGACGAGUACUUGCCUGACGACUACGAGGGUCCAAGACUUGGGACCUGUGCGGACAUCAUCGAUGAAAUGAUUGAAGACCUGAAUAAACCAGAGUUCAUAAAGUAUAUACGAGACCUAUCUAGCGGUAAAUACGGCGUCGACAAGUCACGUGUCCCAGCACAGACAGAGGUUGUCGGGUCAUUCAGGAAGAUCAGCGCUGAUUAAUCAAUGUUUUGAAAUUCGGACACAAUGUAGUGUUGUUUUACUGCAUGUGGCAUAUAAAUGUAUUUCAGUGAUUUAAUAUUCUUAAUAUAUCGUAGAUCAGACUUACGUGAUGCAAAUGGUAUAUGUACAGUAAUCACUCAUUUGAACGUGAAGUUUGAAAUGUAGUUAUUUAUUUCGUGUUUUCAAAGGCCGAUGACCAAAUAAACUUUGGUUUUGUUGCCGUUUUUAAAUCCAUGUAUUUGUCUUUGUUUAUACAUGUAAUGCAUUGUAGAACGUCUUAAAACCGUUUUUUAAACCCCUGCAUCUUGUAGUUAUAAAUAUUUAGCUUUCUUGCCGACUAUAAAUAAAUGUUAUAUGUUCUUA